GAAAGGAAAACGAAACAACUUUUGGCUCUCCUCAUAGGGAAUUAUGGAAGCAAACAUUCUGCUAGAAAGUCUGAAAAAGGAAGCUCGAUGCUCCAUCUGCUUAAGGUAUUUCAAAGACCCUGUGUCCAUACACUGUGGGCACAGUUUCUGCCAAGUCUGCAUUGCUGAGUGCUGGGAGGAAUUGGAAACAAACAUCUGCCCCCAGUGUGGAGAAAGCAGCCAGGAAAAAACCUCCACAAGGAACCGGCACCUGGCAAGAAUGGUAGAAAUAGCCAAAUGCCUGAAUCGUGAGGCAGCUAAAGUGCUGGAAGAGAACAUGUGCAAGAGACACCUGGAACUUCUGCAAGUCUUUUGUAUAGAGGAUAAAAUUCCCAUCUGCCUGGUGUGUGAGCUAUCCAAGGAGCAUCGACGUCACACAGUGAUUCCUAGAGAGGAGGCUGCUCAGGAGUACAAGGAACAAUUUCAGAUGGAACUGCAGACUUGGAAGGAGGAGAGAGAAAAGCUACAGGUACUCAAAAUGAUUGAAGAGAGAAGAAGCUUGAAACGUCUGGAAAGGUUAGGCAAUGAGAGGAAGAGGAUUGUGUCUGGCUUUGAGCAGCUCCAUCAGUUUCUAGAACAUCAAGAACAACAACUUCUGGCCAAGCUGGAACAGCUGCAGGAGGAAGUGAUCAAGGAGGAGAAGACAAUUAUUUCUAGACUCUCCGUGGAAAUCUCCAACCUCAGUGACCUCAUCAGUGAGAUAGAAGAGAAGUAUAAGCAGCCAAUGAGUGAAUUCCUACAGGACAUCAAAAUCAUCUUGAACAGAUGUGAGAAUCUGAAGAUCCAGCAAGCAGUGGAGCACUCUCCUGAUGUGGAAAAGAGACUGGACACCUUUUUUGAGAAAACUGUGCAUCUGGAAGAGAUCCUAAAGAAAUUUAGAGCUGAAUUGUUGUCCGAAAUGGAAGGCACAUCUUCGUCAGAAGGUGAAUUGGAAGUCUGGCAAGGCAGGACCAGAUUCUUUGAGUUGCCCUACACCACAGAGAAAAUAAUAGGCCGAAAAGUGAAUGUGACUCUGGAUCCUAAUUCUGCAAACCCCUUCCUCGUCCUCUCUGCGGAUCAGAAGAGUGUGAGCCUGGGAGACAUAUGGCAGGAUGUUCCUGACAACCCUGAGAGAUUUGACACUUAUCCCUGUGUGCUGGGUUGCCAGGGAUUUACAUCAGGGAGGCAUUACUGGGAGGUUGAAGUUGGAAGUGGUAAGUACUGGGCUGCAGGCUUUGCCAAGGAAUCUGUCAGGAGGAAAGGAGAGCUCAUCCCUAGCCCCGAGGAGCAGAUCUGGGCCCUACAACAGUAUGGGGAUCACUUGGAGGCUCUUACCCACCCUGUGACCAUCGUGUACUUCAGCAGCUGUCCCAGGAGGAUUCGAAUACUUCUGGACUACGAGGAGAAUAAAGUGGCAUUUUUUGAUGUGGGUACAGCAACUUUGAUCUAUAUGUUUUCACUUACUGCUUUCAGUCAGGAGAGAAUGCUUCCUUGGCUCUGGGUCUGGCCAGGAACUGAACUGAGACUUUGCCAAUAAGAUCAUAUCCUGAUAUAUUGGACUAAUUGCAAUGAUGUUGAGUAAGAUGUACACAAAAUUACUUUUCUAGCUUUUGACAGUUGCAAUCUCUUGGUACUGGGAAACUAGCUAUACAGGAGCUUUUCCAAACAGUGAUCGAAUACAGCUUCACUACACUUAAGCUGGGGGUAGUUCAUACAAGGGAACCAUUUACAGUGUGGAUGGCGACAGAAGAUGCCAUUCAUACAGCCAGUGGCAUUUUUCAGCUUCGUUCCUGACGAUUCGCAGUUACUGUGCGUUGUAUGUAUCCUAAAAAGGAAGCACUUUGGUGCAGUGUUCAAAAUGGCUUAACUUUAGGCACUUCCUGUCGCAGUAAAGUCGCCCAUCUGGGGAACCUCCAGGCCAUAUAUUGCUUGCAAGUGGCUCAUUGCCUGUCCUAAGGGGUGGCAGUUAACAUGUGCAGAGAAACAUGGGGUGUGUGGGUGGGGGGAGAACUACCAAUCAUUGCUAAACACUAGUCAUAUGCUAAUGAAUUAUGUUAGGCAAAUCGACACAAAAGUACACAAACUGUAUGCUAAUUUUAAGUAUGGACAUGUUGAACAAUAUUUAGCUUUUUAAAAACUGCUAAAAUUAAGAGAACAUGUAAACAGAUCAGGUUUGAUAAAACAAAAUGCAGUAUGAAUAUCAUUAACAUUUAACAGAAAGAAUAUCAUUAACAGUUAAAUAUGAAUAUCAUUAACAAUAAGAUGAUGUACAACACUAAUUUUUGUUCAGAAUAAAUUAUAUAAAUCAAUA